GUGUGGCCACUAUCAUGGCGGAAAAACCUUCCAACAAAGAGUGUUCUUCAAAUCUCUCUCCGUCAAAGGCUGAAGAGACUAGUACUGUCAGCAUGACUUCAGCUCAAAGGGAGAGAGCUGAGAGGAACAGGCAGAUUGCUCUUAACUUAAGAGCUAACAGAGUUCUACUGGAUAAAACAAUAACACGACAGACUGCAGACACUGGUGGGGGGUACAGUGGUCAAUUGGUGGACACUGGUGGUGGGUUUUUUCUUGAAGAGGAUAGCCAAGAGGAGGAGGAGGAGCGACCGACUAAAAUUAAGAAAGUCGUUCACGAUGAAGGUGCUGCUUUUGGUGAUGAUAGAAUAGAUUGUGGGGAAUGUUCUCAGAAAUUUUCCGUUUCAUUUCUUUGGAGCAAAUUUAAAUAUCCAGUCUGUGACAGCUGCAGGGAUCCUGAUGGAAAGCAUUCUUUAAUAACUAAAACAGAAGCAAAAGAAUUAUUUUUACUGAAAGAUUGUGAUUUUACUGAGCGAGGGGGGCCCCCUUUAAUGUACAUUGUACGUAAAAAUCCCCACAGCUCCAGGGGGGAAAUGAAACUUUACAUGAGAAGACAGGUGGAGUCAAGGUCACAUGACUUGUGGGGCGGAGCUGAAGGACUAGAGAGGGAGAGGGAGGGGAGGGAGGAGGCAAGAGAGAAGAGAAAGCAAAAGAAAUACUCGAAACAAGUUAAAGAAUUAAGGAGAUCUGUCUACUCUUCAUCAGUGAAGCAAUACAGAGCUCAUAUUCAUGUCUAUGAUACAGAAACUAAGAACCAGUCUGACGAGACUUGGACUAAAGUAUGCAAGGAAUGUGGUCACUCUGUAACAUUUGAAAAGCUAUAGAACAAGUGAGAUAUUGCCCCAGGGCACAUGUUCAUGUACGUGUGUCAGAGUAUUAUCAUAAUUUGGUUUUAUGUUACGUUUAUUGUAGCAUGUAAUGAUUUAUGAUCUAAUGUAUCUUGGAUUGUAACUCAA